GAAAUAAGUCAUGAUACUAAGAAAUUCCGAUUUGGGCUACCUUCACCAGAUCAUAUAUUAGGAUUACCUGUGGGCCAGCAUGUUUACCUCUCUGCAAAAAUCGGUGGUAAUCUGGUGAUUCGAGCCUAUACCCCAGUUUCCAGUGAUGAGACAAAAGGUUAUGUUGAUUUAAUUGUAAAGGUCUACCACAAAGAUGUGAAUCCCAAGUUUCCAGAAGGUGGAAAGAUGUCCCAGUACCUAAAUGACAUGAAGAUUGGAGAUACCAUGGACUUCAGAGGGCCAAAUGGACUCCUUGUCUACAAGGGGGCAGGUACCUUUCUUAUCAAGCCUCAUAAGAAGUCUGAAGCAGAGAAGAAGUUUGCAAAGCAUCUUGGGAUGAUAGCUGGAGGAACAGGAAUAACUCCUAUGUUGCAGCUGAUUCGUUGUAUCACAAGCAAUCCUAAGGACUCCACAAAAUGUUACCUUCUUUUUGCUAAUCAGACAGAAAAGGAUAUAUUACUGAGAGCUGAGCUAGAAGACAUUGCCAAGAGGCAUCCUGAUCAGUUCACGCUUUGGUAUACGCUGGACAGACCUCCACAAGAUUGGAAGUACGGUUCUGGCUUUGUCACUGCAGACAUGAUUAAAACCCACCUUCCUCCUCCCAGGAGCGAAACGCUCAUUCUUAUGUGUGGACCCCCCGCUAUGAUUCAGUUUGCGUGCCAGCCCAACCUGGACAAACUUGGCUAUCCCAAGAGCAGUACAUUUUCUUAUUAACACUGAUGUCAUCUGAUACCUUGUCCUAAACAACGGAGAUUGUGGACCUGAAUCUGUUCCCGAAGAAAGAGGGGAAAGGUCAUCCGAGACUACUGCAUCAUCCACGUUCUCUGUUUCUCCUGGAUUAAGAACAGUAAU